CUUCCGGUGAAUGCGACUUCAAGCAGCUGAUCAUCCACAGAAGCCAUGGCGGAGAGAGGAGCAGAAGGAUCCGCUAAAGCUGCACUAACAGCGGCAGAGAGAGAGCUCCUCCGCCGCCGACAGGAGCUCGACUACUUGAAGAGAAGCGCAGCGCGGCUCCGCAGCAGGAACCUGCUGACCGGCCUGGGCAUCGGAGCGUUUGUGGUCGGCAUGUUUAGCUACACCAUCCUGUCCGUCAAACAGGAGAGAAUCAUGGAGGAGCUGGAUGAUGAAGCCAAGGUCCACAUCCUCAGAGGGCCACGGACCGGUGCCAACUCCUGAUGACGCUGACUAUGAACUGUCCUGGACUUGCUGUUCCCUGCAGGGCCCUCAUGGGGGCGGUGGGGCCUUGCGUGUGGCAUCCAUAGACUGUAUGGUGACAUCACACUGGCAUGUGGCAUGUGAUGACUCACACUUACAUAAUAGUGUUUCCAUUGCUUCUUUUCUGUUUAUAAAUACAUAAAUUAUAUUGUUUGAA